CGCAUGCGCAGAAGCUUCUCCUGUGUAUCAUCAUGGCGGAUCAGUGGCCGGAGUGUGUGCGAAGUUUAAAGGGAGUGAUUUUAGACAUGUGUGGCGUUUUAUACGACAGCGGAGAGGGAGGAGGAGUUCCGAUUAAAGGCUCGGUGGAGGCUGUCAGAAGUUUACAGUCCUCAGAUCUGCUGCUACGUUUCUGCACGAAUGAAACUCAGGCCACGCGAGAGAAGUUUGUAACAAAGCUGCAGAGUAUUGGCUUCAACAUCGAGGUCAGAGAGGUUUUCUCCCCUGCUCCAGCUCUAGUGUCCAUCCUGAAGGAGCGUGGCCUGAGACCACACCUGCUGGUGCAUGAUGAUCUGCUACCAGAGUUUGACGGUGUGGAUAAAUCAGAUCCGAACUGUGUGGUGAUCGGAGACGCUGCUGAUAAUUUCUCUUACCAGAACAUGAACGCUGCAUUUCAGGUCCUCAUCUCACUGGACAGACCACUGCUGUUCUCUAUGGGCAGAGGACGCUAUUACAAGGAGACGGACGGCCUGAAGCUGGAUGUUGGAGCGUAUAUGAAAGCUCUGGAGUAUGCUUGUGAUUUAGAGGCAGAAGUGGUGGGAAAACCUGCACCAAUGUUCUUUCAGAGUGUUCUCAAUGACAUGGGCUUCCAACCCCAUGAGGUGUUGAUGAUUGGUGACGAUCUGGUGAAUGAUGUAGGAGGAGCUCAGAGGUGCGGUAUGAAGGGUCUUCAGGUCCGGACGGGUAAAUACAGGCCAAGUGAUGAGAAACACCCUACAGUUACUGCUGAUGGAUAUGUGGACAAUCUGGCCUGUGCUGUGGACACCAUCCUGAAACACCGCCGUGUUUAGACACGAACUCGUCCCUGAGCUCAGACCUGCUGGUAAACACCAGUUAACUCUAAUUAACUAGUCAUCGUCUGUGUGUCACUACAAUCUGUGGUCUUCCUAUUUGUAUUGAUGUACUAUAAAUGUAUUGAUGAUAUGAAUUAAAUUACACAUUACAUUGGCUUAAAGGAAUAUGAUCCAAGUUUAAAGGGGUUUUCUGUUACACGUGAGCUAGUGUUCGACUAGCGUUCGACUGGCGUUCGACUGGCGUUCGACUGGCGUUCGACUGGCGUUCGACUGGCGUUCGAUUUGCUCAUUUUGCUAAUGUUAGUUACUAAGUUACGCUGAAUUGUAUGAGGUCAGAGGAUGUUUUCAGAUUUACAUAUUUAUGCGUAUUCAAAGUUUCUGUCCUUUAAGUGUUUCAAUAGGAUUGUAAUGCAGCAGGGACUUUAAUGUUAAACGCUAUAAACAAUGUAAAUCACA